AUGUCCAAAAGUUUUGCAAUUUUAAUUUUUUUUUUUUUCUUUUCUUUUAAAUUAACUUAUACAUUAAAAAAAGAAAACAGUUUAAUUAAAAAUGAGAAUAGUAGAUUUAUCCAAAUAAAUAGAGAUAUGAAUGAGCCACCUUUUUCUGUUAUUAAUGUAUAUUACACUGAAUCACUUUUAAAUGAGGAUUUAAUAAAUGAAAUAGAAAAUAAUAGAAAAAUGGAGAAAGACAAAAUUCGAAAAUAUUUUAGAAGGAAUUUGAUUACAAACAAUUAUUUUACAGAAUAUUCUAAAAAACAAAAAGAGCAGAUGGAAUCAUUAAUUG